GUUGCAACUAACUCUCUCUCUCUCUCUACUGCGCCACAACUCUUCCAUUAAUUUUUCUCUCUCUUUCAACUUAUUAAAUAAUCUUUCAUUCAUUUCAAUUUUCAACCCUCCCACUUCCUCAUUUCUCUCUUCUCUAACUUCCACACUUUCCUUCCUUCAUGCAACCUUGCAGCAGAGAAAUGCAAUCCCUCAACUCCCUUUUCAACUCUUCUUCUCCUCCUCCUCAAAUCCCCAUUCCUCUCCAAAACCACCCACAGAUCCAAAUCAACAACAACGACAACACAUUCCAACAACAAGACGAUUUCCUCAAACAAAUGCUCUCCAAUCUCCCCCCUUCCUCUCCCUGGAACAACAACCCUAAACCCUUAUGGGACCCUAACUCCGACGAAACUCUCACUUUCCCUUACGACGAACAAACCAACCUCUCCUCCAAGUUUCGUAACCACCAGAUCACUGAUAAAACCACCGCCGCCGCUCUCAUGCUUCUCAUGCCGAACGCCGCCGAUUCCGGACUCCUACACUUGCCCGCUGACUUUGACUCCUCUCAAAACGACGUCGUGAACGCUUCUUCCCUUUUACAGGCUGGUGACGGUUCCGUUCAAGCUCUCUAUAACGGUUUCUCCGGAUCUCUCCAUGGUGUCAACAAUCAAACUCACCAUUUUCAACCACCUCAGGUGCAAACUUUUGGAGGUGGUUCGGUAAGUGCGACAAACCAGGCUCCGGUGAGUGGUGCUCCUGCUCAGCCAAGGCAGAAGGUUAGGGCUAGGAGAGGUCAGGCUACUGAUCCACACAGUAUUGCCGAAAGGUUAAGGAGGGAAAGAAUUGCUGAAAGAAUGAAAGCAUUGCAGGAACUUGUUCCUAAUGCCAAUAAGACAGAUAAGGCCUCCAUGCUAGAUGAGAUCAUCGAUUAUGUCAAAUUCCUACAAGUUCAAGUCAAGGUUUUGAGUAUGAGUAGAUUAGGCGGAGCAGCCGCUGUCGCUCCCCUUGUUGCUGAUAUGUCCUCCGAGGGUGUCAGUGACUGCGUCCAAGCUAACGGAAACGGUGGGGUCCACCCAAGAAACCCUAAAACGUCGUCGUCCAACGAGUCUCUCACAAUGACAGAGCAUCAGGUGGCGAAGCUCAUGGAGGAAGACAUGGGAUCCGCCAUGCAAUACUUACAAGGCAAAGGUCUCUGCCUCAUGCCUAUUUCUCUUGCUACCGCAAUCUCAACUGCCACGUGUCACAACAGGAACCCUUUGAUUAACGCUCCCAACAACAAUAUCAACGCUAUCCCCGCAUCCAACGGUGAUGGGCCAUCCUCACCCGGAAUGUCCGUCAAUAGCACCGUUAAAGAUGCUAAUUCCGCUUCUAAAUCGUAGACGCCGUUUGGUUGACUUUUUGUGACAAAAACAAAAAGGCAUCUGAGAUGAGAUAAAAACAAAAUGACGAGGAAUUUCUGAAGUCUAGGAAAAUAAAACGUCACUCACACGUCUUGGACAUACGACGUCGUAUUUACCUAGACUUAAGCGGAGCUAACUUUUGUAUUUAUUUCUGCAUUUUGAUCACAACCUCAUCAAUUUUCUAGGUUUUUAUUUUUGUUGCUGUAAUUUUCUUCUUUUUUUUUUUUGGCAAUGUUUUUUUUUUUUUUUACAUUGGUACAAUCUUGAGUGUUAAUUUUGGAGAAAGGUUAACAGGUGCUCUAAAAUGUAUUUGUUGAGAA